AUGAUGAAGAUGAAGGUCUCAUGUUUGCUUCUCCUCCUCAGCUUUCAGUUUACCUUUCUGAACAUAUCAUGCCGCGCCAAACAAAUCGAUACCCUGAACAAGUUGCUCCAGCAGUCUCGUAAAUCUGGACUCAAUCCUCCCCGUUCUCAAUCGUCGACAGACAUUGUCUUUGAUGUCGAAGAUGAUCAGUAUUCACCGGUGUAUAUCGGAUCUCAAGACGGGGCUAAGGAAGCCGAUAAGAUUGACGCUUUGCCAGGACAACCAACGGAAGGAGCCGAGUUUAAUCAGUAUUCGGGCUAUGUUACAGUAAACCCCAAAGCUGGGAGAGCAUUGUUUUACUACUUUGUAGAGUCUCCCCAAGAUUCUUCAUCCAAACCCUUAGUCUUAUGGUUAAAUGGAGGACCAGGUUGCUCAUCCUUUGGAUAUGGCGCCAUGGAAGAACUGGGACCUUUCAGAGUCAACAAUGAUAAAAUUUCGUUGUUUGCCAACGACUAUGCAUGGAACAACGUGGCAAACGUCCUCUUCUUGGAGUCUCCAGCAGGAGUUGGUUUCUCGUAUUCAAACACAUCAUCGGACUAUGGAAAUGUGGGUGACAAGAGAACGGCCGAGGACUCUUACGCUUUUCUUGUAAACUGGCUAGAGAGAUUUCCCGAAUACAAAAACCGUGAUUUCUUCAUAACCGGAGAGAGCUACGCUGGCCAUUAUGUACCUCAACUCGCUUACACCAUCGUCCAACAGAACAAAAUCACGAAUCAAACUAAAAUCAACCUCAAAGGAAUUGCAAUUGGAAAUGCUUGGAUCGACGAUAAUACAAGUGCAUGGGGUAUCGUUGAUUAUUUGUGGACACAUGCUUUGAGCUCUGACGAAACCAAUGCAGGAAUACACAAGUAUUGUGACUUUACUUCAGAAAACUCAUCCGACUUAUGUGAUAACUAUGUGCAUCAACUGUACAAGGAGAAAGGACAAAUCGACAUAUACAACAUCUAUGCUCCACUUUGCCUAGAAGAUGGUUCAAAAACAACACCCAGUUCAGUUGGUUCUGUCUUUGAAUUUGAUCCAUGCUCUGACGAAUAUGUGGAAGCGUAUCUGAAUCUUGCCGAGGUGCAAGCAGCUCUUCACGUCAAACCUACCCAAUGGACAGCUUGCGGAGGUGUUGGGUGGACGGACAGCCCAGAAACCAUUCUACCCACAAUACAGUCGCUCAUAGAAACUGGGAUAAGGGUAUGGAUAUACAGCGGAGACACCGAUGCUCGAGUACCGGUCACGGCUUCUAGAUACUCCAUAAACACACUAAACUUACCAGUUGAGACUCCAUGGAGGCCAUGGAACUCCACCCCUGAUGAGGUUGGAGGAUAUGUGGUUGGGUACAAGGGGUUGACAUUUGCAACAGUAAGAGGAGCAGGCCAUAAGGUUCCAAGCUACCAACCGCAGCGAUCACUCGUCUUCAUCUCAUCCUUCCUUCAGGGGACACUUCCUCCGGCUCCUCCUUCAUAG